CAUAGGUCCAACUUCACCAACCAAAAUUAUGGGACGCAGCCCACUUAGCUAGUCAAGUAAGAGUUGCUUUCAUAUACAGCACAGCCACCAAGGAGAAGUGCAGGGUAAUCUGCAUCUGUUGUAAAGAAGAAGAGCAGAGGCAAGAACACUGACCUAAUAAUUUACACUAAUCAUUCAGGAAAAAAAAUAAUUAUAAUCAUUUGACCUGCAUGCAUUAAUCAUACAUUUCAAAAUAAUUUAGCACGAUGACACGCCUGUCAAGAUUCCAUAUGUGUCCCAAACCCAGCCAUGUUAAUAAGAGUCUGUCGUUAUAUAAUUUCAACAAUUUAAUUUUUAAUUUGCAUGAAUCUCAAGAAAAUAAAGCAUUUAGUUUUGUUCAUUGAUCUGUGUAUUAAGAAGACAAGAUCCCAUUCCACUCCUGAUUUCUUUCAUGGAGGAUUGAUUGAUGCUCCUCUACAGCAAACAACUUGUUCGGAAGAGAUUAAACAAUAUGUAAUUGACACCUGGUUGUAUUGAACAUAAAACAAGAACGUGUAUGGAGUUUCCAAAAGAUUCGUUGUUCUCCAUAUCACCAGCACCCACCAUGAACAUUGCAUGGGGGACUGGUGACCCGUCAUCUGUGCAUUUCGCUUUAUAAAUUAAUCCAAGUUCAUCAUAUAAAUAUAUUUGUGGGUGAAUCCUGUCUGGAAUCUAUGCAGACAAGGCACUCGUGCGUGUUGAUAUUAAAAUCGAAUCGGUUCUCUGGAAAGCCACCGCAUGAAACCAUGUGUAAACCUGUUGAUUGAUUUUCUUUAUCGCUUUCUCCUCUAUAAAUCUCUAUAUAUAGCAGGCUGCAACAGCUCGCCAUUAUCGUUGACCAAGAACUUGUAAACCUACAAAAAUACUCACACAAAUGGCUGCUUGUCAUUUUCGCUCUGUUAGUUUGUUGACGAGGACUCAUCCUUUAACCUCAAAUGUCGAGGAGCAGUUGAACAGAUUGAGGGAUCAAUCACAGUCGCCGACUACCUCAUCUUCAUCAUUAUCUCAAAAACUCAGUGGCCUCCGGGAAUUGUACGACUCUGUGAAUGAUUUCCUUGAGUUGCCGCUCACCCAACAGGCUCUCGCUCACCAAGAUAAUAUCAAGAUGGUAGAAGAUUUGUUGGAGGGAUUGCUUAGGUUAUUAGAUGUCUGUGGAAGAACCCAAGAGAUCUUUUCUCAACUCAAGGCAUGUGUGCAGCAACUUGAAUCAUCUCUCAGGAGAAGAAACAGGGUAGAUGGAUUGACAAGUGAAGUUGAGGCUUAUAUGGGUACAAGAAAAUUAUUGAAAAAAGCGGCAUCCAAAUGUUUUAGAGAUCUGAAGACAAAGGAGAAGAUGAAGAAAGAAUCUAACUCAGUGGCUGCCAUUAGCAUGCUAAAACAAGUUGAAGAAAUCAGUGUCGUGAUGUUUCAGUCGUCGUUAUCUUUUAUAUCUCAAUCAAAGACAAGGACUAGCGGGUGGUCUGUGGUGUCCAAGUUAGUUCUUUCGAGAAGGGUAGCGUGUGAGGAAGCUGAAGAUAAUGAAAUGGAGAAAAUAGAUGAUGAAUUGGGUGCACUGAAAGCCAGUAAGAAGAAACACAGAAAUUAGUGGUGAAGGAACUGGGAAAAUUGGAUUCA